UGGGGCGCACAAGGGGCGUGCACUGGCAAAGCAAGACCAUUUCCCGGCAAGGGCGCCAGUGCCUCUUCUCUGCUCGUCCGGGAAGUCCGGGUCGGACGAGCGGAAAGCCUUAGAGUCCAGGCCGGCUCCCUGGAGCAAACCCAGUGGCCUGGACCUCCCUGAUUAUUAUUAUUGUUGUUUAUACUGCGAGCACGAAAUUCUUCCCCAGGGCCUCCUCCCCCGCCCGCCCCACCUGCUCCUUCCUCCUCGUGUUGUAAUAUGCCUUUAGUGAGCCUGCGACCUCAUUACCAAGGGUGCUAGAGUUCGCAUUCAGCCACCAUGGGGAAUGGGAUGAACAAGAUCCUGCCUGGCCUAUACAUUGGCAACUUCAAAGAUGCCAGAGAUGCAGAGCAAUUGAGCAAGAACAAGGUGACACAUAUUCUGUCUGUCCACGAUAGUGCCAGGCCUAUGUUGGAGGGAGUUAAAUACCUGUGCAUUCCAGCAGCGGAUUCGCCAUCUCAAAACCUGACAAGACAUUUCAAAGAAAGUAUUAAAUUCAUUCACGAGUGCCGACUCAGGGGUGAGGGUUGUCUUGUACACUGCCUGGCUGGCGUCUCCAGGAGCGUGACUCUGGUGAUCGCAUACAUCAUGACUGUCACCGACUUUGGCUGGGAGGAUGCCCUGCACACUGUGCGUGCAGGGAGGUCCUGUGCCAACCCCAACCUGGGCUUCCAGAGACAGCUCCAGGAGUUUGAGAAGCAUGAAGUCCACCAGUACCGACAGUGGCUGAAGGAAGAAUAUGGAGAGAGCCCUUUGCGGGAUGCAGAAGAAGCCAAAAACAUUCUGGCUGGUGAAAUGGCAUCCCCUGAGAGAAGACCACCAGGGUCAGGUGGCAUCUGAGCAUCUGCUACAAACUUUGCCCUUGUGAGAGUCCCCCCUCCUCCAGACCACAGCCCAUGAAGAGCAGGGGAGGAUAUUCUGCAGUGCCUCAACCAUGCUACAGUGCCCACAGCUCACUGGGAGAACCACUUCAUGAGAUUUUUAUAGAGCUAGCACCGUUCAGACUGCCAUGAGGGAAAGGAAAAUGAGGCAGGGCAGCCUUGUCUUCAGAUUUUGAGUUGGGGAUAGAAGAGAGUCACUCCCAAAUGUUCUGUGAACAAAUGCUGAGCAUAGAAGCAUGAAUGCAGGCCAAGUGGACCACAGAUGCUUCACAGAGAGUGUCCUGCUAGGAAGACUUGGAAGAAGAAUCAAGUGCAUCCAGGGAAGAGGGUGAUACACAGGUAAAGGCACAGGCAAGAGUGAACAUGGUGUACUUGGAAGUCCAAGACCUUAGAGAAGGUGAUUGUGAGGGAGGUGAGGGUUGGAAAGUAGAGUGCUUAAUCCCGUCCUGUCGUAUAAACUGUAGGCAGCCGUGGGAGGGCCUUGGAUUGAUUUGGGUCCACCAGGAUGGGCUAGAGUCAAGAAGUUCAAGCAGUUAGGAGACAGGCUCACUGGAUGCCCCCAUGGGACCUCUCCAAUGACAAAUCUACCAAGUGAGGCAACAUAUAUAGUUACCACCUUGAAGUAAUUAUAGGCAGUGCUGGUUUGCUUUCUCCAGAAGCAGAAACAGAGUUAGGGGUACAAAGGAUUAUUGGCAGAUAGCAUCUGUGACAGGAGGGCAGUGGGGCUGUCAGGAAGACAGUCCCACCUCCCCAUCAGAGUAGCCUAGGGGCAGGCAUGGCUGGUUGCCUCAGAAGAAUGGCCUGAGCUGCCAGAGAAGGCACCCCUGAGAGGUCAGAGCUCAGGGAUACUUACCAUUCUCACACAGUAGGACAGCCUGAUGCUCUCCAGGGACACCUGGUACUAAAGUGCAGCCUGCAGAGAUUUGUCUCCACAGUGUCUCAUACAGCAGGACUUCCCAAAAUGCUUCGCCCAAACUCCAGUGCUGGAUUCUUCAAUGUGGCUUGGUCAUUUGGGUGCCUCUGGCAACUGAAAGCCCUCUCCCCUCUUCUCUCCUUCUCCCCUUGUCCCCCCUCUGUCCUCCUGUCCCCUCUCCCUCCUCCCCCUUCACUCCCCCUCCUCCCCUCUUCCCCCCAGUUCUCAGAUUAGAACUGGGUGUAGAGAAGGUUGAAAACAAUGCCAGGGUUUAGCGGAUUCCAACCAUUCUCCUCACAAUAAUUGCAGCCUCAGCUGCCACCAGGGAUGCAGCAGGACCUCUCCACUCCUGGGGCAGGAGAUGUACAGACACACUGUUUAUAUAGCAUUUAUUAAAAACAAGCUUUAGUAACAAGUAAAAGAGAAUCUUUUAUUACCAUCCAGAGCCACAAUCCUAAACCAUUCCAGUGAUAAAAUAUGUCUCCCCUGGAAACUUACUUUGUUGAUCUAAGUUUAAACAGUGGCUGUCUAGAGUUAUA